CCGCCAAUAACAAACCUGCUAGCUUACAACGCCUAGAAGUGUAUUGUUUGCUCUUUUCCUUUUCAAAUGGAUAAACACAGUUAGGUUGUGAUAAUUUGGAAGUGAGUUGAUUGGCAGAAGUUCAGCUUACUAUCACACAGAUGCCACAAUGAGUAAAUGUGCAUAUCGGCGGUUAUAAACGUGAAUCAGCAAACAAAUGAUUCCGGCUAGUGUUAGCUAGCAGGCUAACGCGGCGGUCAGUGACAUGCAUGCUACUGGAGCAGGUCGUGUCAUGUUAGCCUGCUAACGGUCGGCGAUUAACAUGUCUUGAGGCUGAUUAGGACCCUCGUUUAGUAGCCGGAUAACAAUUAUAACGGUUAAAACUUCACCCAAAGGAGAGGAAGUGUUCAGACGGUUCAAAUUAUUUUUUAAUUGGAAAGCGGUCCACUGACAAGUUUUUUUUUUUCUCCAGUUCAGCGCACACUAAAGAUUUGCAAAAUGAAGAUGUUCUCAGUGGCACACAAGACUGUCUUUGUGGUGGACCAUUGUCCCUACAUGGCAGAGUCCAGUCGUCAGCAGGUGGAGUGCGAUGUGCUGACAAAGAGCCGAGCUCAAGGAGUCAUCCCUCUGGCCCCUGUGUCCAAAUCACUGUGGACCUGUGCUGUGGAGUGUUCCAUGGAGUACUGUCGGAUCCUCUACGAUAUUUAUCCAAAGGACAAACUGAUUAAUUACAUUGUGAGUGAUUCAGAGUUCCACAUAUUGAACAGCUGGAGGCGAGAAGAUCAGAGCACUCAUGAGCUCAUGUCAGCUCUGGCAGCUGUUGGGCCUCCAAACCCACGUGAGGACCCCGAGUGUUGCAGCAUCUUACACGGGCUGGUUGCUGCCGUGGAGUCGUUAUGCAAGAUUACAGAGCUGCAGCACGAGAGGCGCACCGCUCUAAUGGACACAGCUGAGAGAGUCGCCAACAGAGGCCGUAUUAUCUGCCUCACUAAUGCUAAAAGCGACACUCAUGUGCGCAUGCUGGAGGACUGCAUCCAGGAGACCAUUUUAGAUCAAAACAAGCUGGCAGCCGGCUCAGACAGGCUGAUGGCCAUCCAGCAGUGUGAGCUGGUUCUAGUUCACAUCUACCCGCAGGGUGAAGACACGCUGGUGUCAGAUCGACCCAAGAAAGAGAUCUCUCCUUUGCUCACCAGCGAGGUUCACAGUGUUCGUGCUGGGAGGCACUUGGCCACCAAACUCAACAUUUUGGUCCAGCAGCACUUUGACUUGGCCUCCACCACCAUAACAAACAUCCCCAUGAAGGAAGAGCAGCAUGCCAACACAUCGGCUAAUUAUGACGUUGAGCUCCUGCAUCACAGAGACGCUCACCUGGAGUUCUUUAAAAGUGGAGAUUUGCAUAUGGCAGGCACCAGCACUCGAGAAAAUGGACUUAAAGAGACUGUUACACUGAAAUGGUGCACUCCACGAACCAACAGCAUAGAGCUGCAUUACUGCACAGGAGCCUAUCGCAUCUCCCCCACAGACGUAAACAGUCGUCCUUCGUCUUGUUUGACAAACUUUCUCCUGAACGGUCGAUCAGUGCUGCUGGAGCAGCCAAGGAAGUCGGGUUCAAAAGUCAUCAGCCACAUGCUCAGCAGCCACGGAGGCGAGAUCUUCCUGCAUGUGCUCAACAGCAACCGCUCCACCUUAGAGGAUCCGCCUUCCAUCAGCGAGGGCUGCGGAGGCCGAGUGACGGACUACAGAAUCACUGAUUUUGGUGAAUUUAUGAGGGAGAACCGGCUGACUCCUGUUUCAGAGUCUUCCCAUGAUCCCUCUGGGAAGCUGCCAGCUGAGAGGGCCAAAGCUCAGCUGGAACGUCACACCAGAUACUGGCCCAUGAUCAUCUCCCAGACCACCAUCUUCAACAUGCAAGCAGUGGUUCCUCUGGCUAACCUGAUCGUAAAAGAGACUCUGACUGAUGAGGACGUUCUGACCUGCCAGAAGACCGUCUACAAUCUGGUGGACAUGGAGAGGAAGAAUGACCCACUCCCCAUUUCCACAGUGGGAUCCAGAGGCAAAGGCCCCAAGAGGGACGAACAGUACCGCAUAAUGUGGAACGAGCUGGAAACAUUAGUGAAAACUCACGCCGGAGCUACUGACAGACACCAGCGAGUUCUGGACUGUAUCAUCGCCUGUCGCAGCAAACCUCCAGAGGAGGAGGAGAGGAAGAAGAGAGGGAGGAAGAGGGAGGACAGGGAGGACAGGACGGAGAAAAAUGGCAGCAAGGACACGGACGACAAAAGCUGGCAGGAAUCUGAGAGGCUAAAGGGUUUGCUGGAUAAAGAAGACCAGGAGGCAGAGGUGAUCAAGGAUUCUCCAGACUCACCAGAGCCGCUGAACAAGAAGCCUCGUCUGACCACAGAGGAAGUUCAGCCUCCGGAGAGAGCAAAAGGUCCCGUCUCACUCCUCACCAUGUGGACCAACCGGAUCACUGCAGCCAAUUCCAGGAAGCACCAAGAGUUUGUUGGAAGAGCGAGCUCCGUGAACAACAAGUUCGAGUUGUAUCAGCACCUCAAAGACGAGAAUGGGAUGGAUGUUCAUGAAAACGGGAAGGCCUCCAGAUGAUGUCUCCACAGAGCCGUCGCUUCAACUUUUCCGAGGAUGAGAUUGUGGUCCAGAGUGUUUUUUCAGACUUGGGUGUCACCGUAUGCUUCCAGAACGAGGACGCCAAAUGAAAUGGACAGUGAACUUUAACAUGAAAUUUAUAAUUUUUUACCCCUGAUUUUGUAGAUAUGCUGUUCACAUAUUGUGUAACACAAUAAAAGCUGUCAGUAGAUAACGAU